GCUGUCGCAUGGUUACGAUUCGAAUGUUUUGAUAGCUGGAGGUCAUUCCGAAGUGCGAAGUUCAGUUCUCUGGUUAUCUUUAAAGAAAUUUAAAAUUACCUCUCGAUUAAUUUAAUGACAGCUUUCAUUCUGUGCUAUCCAGACGCUCAAGACUGUCUGUAGAUAGUCCAUCUUCUGAAACAAUAUCCUGACGAAGACUUGCUCUAAUUGAAAAUCUGCGGCGUGGCUGUCUUUUAUAGAUUAUAUUUGAGAACAUAAAACUGAUACACUUUGCCCAAUUCGAAUUAGUCCUUCUCACUUAAACUGUCAAAAUGGGGAGAAAAGUUACUCUUGCUACUUGUACUCUGAAUCAGUGGGCUAUGGACUUCAAGGGAAAUUAUGAACGAAUUCUUGAAAGCAUAAAGCAAGCUAAAGAUAGAGGUGCCACUUACCGCUGCGGUCCAGAACUGGAAAUAACCGGCUACAGCUGUGGCGAUCAUUUUUACGAAAGUGACACUUUGCUCCAUACCUGGGAAGUGCUGGCUAAGCUGUUGCAAGAUCCACUUUGCAAAGACAUAAUCAUUGAUGUGGGAAUGCCUGUGAUGCAUAAAAAUGUUACUUACAAUUGCAGAGUAGUAUUUUUGAACAAAAAGUUGCUCUUAAUUCGGCCGAAGCUGAUUCUGUGCGACGAUGGCAAUUAUCGAGAAACUCGCUGGUUUACCGCUUGGACGAAGACAAGACAAACCGAGGACUUUUAUUUGCCUAGAAUGAUUCAAGAUAUCUGUGGUCAGAAAACUGUUUUGAUUGGUGAUGCUGUUAUUGCAACCUUGGAUACAUGCUUAGGUUUCGAAAUAUGUGAAGAACUGUGGAAUCCUAACAGUUCCCAUAUACCGCAAAGCUUUGAUGGAGUAGAAAUUAUAUCAAAUGGAAGUGGAUGUUACCACGAAUUAAGAAAAGCUUAUGUAGUUGUGGAUUUAGUUAAAUCAGCCACAGCUAAAUGUGGUGGCAUUUACCUGUUUUCAAACUUGAGAGGCUGCGAUGGCGAAAGAGUUUAUUUUCAAGGCUGCUCUCACGUGGCUAUAAACGGACAUAUGGUCAGUAUUGGGAAGCAGUUUUCGCUACAGGAUGUAGAAGUGAUCACUGCUACUCUCGAUUUGGAGGAUGUACGAACUUACCGAAACAGUAUUCGAAGCAGAAAUGUGGUAGCAUCCUCUUCCCCUCGAUUUCCCAGAGUUCAAGUUGAUUUUGCGUUGUCUUCAAAUGAUAUAUUUUUACCAACUUAUGAGCCCAAGGAAUGGCAGUACCAUUCACCAGAGGAAGAAAUUGCUCUAGGACCUGCCUGCUGGUUGUGGGACUAUUUAAGGCGUAGUGGACAAGGAGGAUUCUUUUUACCCCUGAGUGGAGGUGUGGAUAGUAGUAGCAGCGCCGUGAUCGUUCAUUCAAUGUGCACUCUUGUCUGUCAGGCAAUUGCCGAUGGAGAUACGAACGUUCUGGAAGAUCUGAGAAAAAUUAUUGGUGAUCCGAAAUAUAAGCCGUUAAAUGCCAGAGAAUUGUGUAAUCAGAUUCUGGUGACUUGUUACAUGGGCACAAAAAAUUCGUCCGAAGAAACUUGCCAAAGGUCAAAAGAUUUGGCGUCACAAAUUGGAAGCUAUCACUUGAAAAUAAAGAUUGACAUAAUAAUUGAUGCUAUACUGACUGUUUUUACAUUAGUCACUGGCGUUACUCCGAAAUUCCGUGCUAUGGGCGGCACUACACGUGAAAACCUUGCUUUACAAAAUGUUCAAGCUAGAAUUCGAAUGGUGAUGGCGUAUCUUUUUGCUCAAUUAGUAUUAUGGACUCGUAAUCGUUCUGGUGGCUUAUUAGUAUUAGGUUCUGGCAAUGUCGAUGAAGGGCUUGUUGGAUACCUCACUAAAUAUGACUGCUCAAGUGCUGAUGUAAAUCCAAUUGGCUCUAUUAGUAAAAAAGACUUAAAAUCGUUCCUGAAGUAUGCCAUCUUUAAAUUUAGUUUGCCAGCUUUGGGUGAAAUUCUCGAUGCUAAGCCUACUGCCGAACUGGAACCUCUUUUAGAAGGAAAAUUAGUUCAGACGGAUGAAGAAGAUAUGGGAAUGACCUAUGACGAAUUAAGCAUUUAUGGUCACUUGCGAAAACCAGGAGGUUGCGGUCCGUAUUCCAUGUUUUGCAAGUUAGUUAAUAUAUGGUCAAAUAUUCUUCAAGUGCAAGACGUGGCAGAUAAAGUUAAGCAUUUCUUUCGUAGGUAUUCCAUAAAUCGUCAUAAAAUGACAGUUAUAACCCCUUCCUAUCAUGCUGAAACCUAUAGCCCGGAUGACAACCGAUAUGAUCAGCGGCCAUUUCUAUACAAUCCGAAGUGGGAAUGGCAGUUCCGUGCAAUCGACAUUGCUGUAAAAAGAUAUCUCAAAAUGAAAGAAGAACGCAUGCAUGACAUUGGAAAUUUGAUUCACAGUAAGAUGCAUACUUUGAAGGACAAUAUGCUGGACAGAAGUUUUCCUGAUGUGACUGGUGGUACAGGAAUUCAUGACAAUUUUUCUAGUACUGGUCGAUUGGGCGUCGUCGUGUCAGAAAGCGUACCAAAAUGCUCAAAAGAUACUAACACUUUACCAAAGUCCAAUGUGCCGUUCAGGCGUGGUGCAGUCAACUCAUCAGUUCAUUCUGAUGUUUUAUCUUUCUAAUUAGUAUCGCUUUUCGGAAUACUUCUUAGUAGUGUCUAUUGCUCUGGUGCAUGCAUGCGUUUAUUUAUUUACUUCAUAACAUAAAUUAAAUGAACGCUGUAAAGAGUAUGUAUAUUUAUCUGUGAAGAUUGCCUGUAAUAAACUUUAGAUAUAUUUUGCUUGCAUGUAUAGAAAUCCUUACAAUCUUCUUUAAAAAACGAAUAUCUGUAAGGAAAUAUUUAUUUUUCUGUCUUAUGUGAUGUCUGUCCACUUCUGUGUCUUUAAAUGCGACUGUGAUGGAUUUCAGACUGUAUCAUCGAUAAAAACUUUAUUGUAUUUUGAGUUCACUAUUUGAUUUAAUGUUGUUGAAAUAGACUAUUUGUUCAGUGUUCAGUCAGUGGAAUUGUUUGUUGACUUUUUCCGAUACAAUACUGAAUAAACGUAUAUUCAUAAAAAUUGAACAAUAACAAUCAUUAAAAUGAAAGCAAUAAUUUUUUUUGUUUCAUUAUCGUAUUUGUUUUCUGAGAAUAAAUUUUUCUUUAAAAAAAAAUUCAUUUCCCUUGUAUAAAGAAUAUUGAUACUUUAUGUAAGGGAAUCAUUUACUGUAAGUGUUUUCUUUCUUUCUUAUGUGUAAUUUAUUCUACUUUAGACAUAUUCAUCUGACCUUAAAUUUAGUAAAUAUAAUGAUAGGCAAAUAAUUGCAACAAUAUGAAAUUUUCCGUGUUGAAUUGGCUGAAGCUUACCGAAAAAAAUUUCCCUGAUUAAAAUGUAACUUAUAAAAUAGUUUUCAUAAAUUUAGACAGUUCCUCCAUGUGUUCUUAUGCAUUCAUACAUCGAGUAGAAAACAGAAGUAAUUUUUUAAAACGAAAUACCAUAUAUAUCUUAGUUUGAUCAGCUUAAAGUAUAUAUGUAUCUUUUAAUGCAUUUUUUCCCUCUACUUAAGAUCUGUGCCAUUCAUCUGUAUCUACCUAUGUUUGCAUUGUUGUUUUUUAGAACAUCGAAAUUUUAUGUAUCAAAAGAGAGCGAACAAAGCUUGUUUAUCAAGAAUUUUGCUUUCGUUAACGUUAUUUAUUGUUCUCGUUCUUGUUCUUUGUUAACUUUCAUUUUGUGAAUUCUUAAUAGUAAUUGCUUGACUUUGAUUGUUGAUCUUUAAGAAUUUGUCAUUUUGAGAUUCCUGUUAAUAUAUCAAAUGAAUUAAAUAUUAUAUUGAAUAUCCUAGAAGAGGUUUCGAAGGUUCAUUUAUUUGCAACUUUUCUUCCUUUUUUGUCAUUAAAAUGUAGCAAUGAUCAAUUGAAUCGAUAUUCAAUGUUAACAAUGUAGUUAUAUAUAUUAUAUAUUGAUACGUACAAC